AUGCAGGCGAUACAACAUCAGGGCAUGAAUAUGCGUGAUCAUCAAUUCUUUAAUCAAGGUAAUGAAAAACAGAAUAAUAAUACGAAUGGAAACAUAGCGAUAGGAAUUCCAAAUAAUGGAUUUGGUUCACAAAUGAAUACUAAUGGAUUAAUGAAUCAACCGCAACAAUUACAACAACAACCUGGUAAUUUACCAACAUUGCAUGGUUUUAAUCAACCACAGGAACAAGGAAAUGCAUAUCUAAUGAAUCAAAAAGGAGGCCCAUUACUUCCACAACAACAGGACUUCCAAGGAAUGAAGGCACCAGUGCAACAACAACAACAACAACAAUCUCAACCAUUUAAUAAUAAUACCAAUUUGGGUGUGCCAGGUCCCAUACCUAACAAUCUUCCUCCCGGACUGAACGUUAUGCAACAGCCUGGUGUCAACGUUAGUGUAAAUAGACCUGUCAAUAUGCCAUUAGCUCCUAAUAUGAAUGCACCUCCUGGUGCUAAUACAGUAAGUAAUUCGAACAUGAUGCCACCAAUGAUCUUACCACCUUUAAUGCAUUUGUUUGUUCGCGAAGUAUGGAAGACGAACCUCCAUAGCGAAUUUGUUGCCAUAAGAAGGUUAGCUACUCAAUAUAAUUACGUAUCUGUGAGUACUGAAUUCAUCGGCACUUUAGCGAGACCAAUUGGUAAUUUUUCAUCAAAGGAAGAUUAUCAUUACCAAACCAUGAGAUCUAACGUUGAUAUUUUAAACCCUGUUCAACUCGGAAUUUCAUUAAGUGACGCAAACGGUAAUAAACCAGAUAAUGAACCUUCGACAUGGCAGUUCAAUUUUGACUUUGAUACAAAUAAAGAAAUGAUAUCCGCUGAAUCUUUAGAGUUAUUAAGAAAUUCUGGGAUUAACUUUGAAAACCAUCGUACAACAGGUAUCGAUAAAUUCGAAUUUGCACAACUGAUGAUGGAUUCUGGUCUGAUCUUAGAUACAAACACCGCAUGGAUUACAUUCCAUGCAGCUUAUGAUUUAGGUUUCUUAGUACAUAUUUUAACGAAUGAUAUGAUGCCAUCCACUAGAGCUGAUUUUGAAUGGUGGGUUCAUAAAUUUAUGCCAAACCUAUUCGAUUUGAAUCUAAUAUAUAAGAUGAUUCGUGAUUUCAAGAACCCUCAACAUGCACAAUCACAAGGCCAACCGCCAAAAUAUUCAUUAACAACGGUUGGUGAUGAAAUUGGGAUUCCUCGUUUUCCAAUAUUUACUACUACCGGUGGUCAAGCUUUAUUAAUGCUUCUUUCAUUCUGUUACUUGAGUAAACUCUCAAUGCACAAAUUACCUGAUGGAACCGAUUUUGCCCAAUAUAAAAAUGUAAUCUAUGGAAUAAAUGAAGAUCAAUUGCAACAAGCAAAGUAA